AUGUUCCUGUUCUGCGGCUUCCUCGAGCUUUACGCGGCCAAGCAGGACCCCACGGACCCGCCGGGCAAGCUCAGCGGAUCCGAGGCGGGCUUCGGAAAGUCGUACUUCGGGGCCCUCGGCGUGUUCAAGGGGGACGGCAUCGAGGACCCUGAGAAGAAGAAGCGGUCCCUGAACGCGGAGCUGGCCAACGGCCGCCUGGCCAUGAUGGCCAUCAUCGGGAUGUUCUUCCAGGACGGCCUCACGGGCUCCGCCUGGGGCGACUGGGCGACCUACACGGAUUCGCCGCUGCGCGCCUUCGAGAGCGAGUUGGGCGUGCAGGCGCCCGUCGGCUACUGGGACCCGCUCGGCCUUGCGAAGGACGGCGAUGCGGAUGUCUUCUACAGGAGGAGGUGCACCGAGAUCAAGCACGGCCGCGUCGCCAUGUGGGCCGCCAUGGGGUACAUCGCGCCAGAGUUCUUCCGGUGGCCAGGAGGUGUUGCCCUCGAGGGGCCUGCCUUUGCGAGCCUUCCGAAUGGCCUGAGCGCUCUGGGCAAGGUGUCUGGUGCCGGCUGGGGUCAGAUGUUCCUGUUCUGCGGCUUCCUCGAGCUUUACGCGGCCAAGCAGGACCCCACGGACCCGCCGGGCAAGCUCAGCGGAUCCGAGGCGGGCUUCGGAAAGUCGUACUUCGGGGCCCUCGGCGUGUUCAAGGGGGACGGCAUCGAGGACCCUGAGAAGAAGAAGCGGUCCCUGAACGCGGAGCUGGCCAACGGCCGCCUGGCCAUGAUGGCCAUCAUCGGGAUGUUCUUCCAGGACGGCCUCACGGGCUCCGCCUGGGGCGACUGGGCGACCUACACGGAUUCGCCGCUGCGCGCCUUCGAGAGCGAGUUGGGCGUGCAGGCGCCCGUCGGCUACUGGGACCCGCUCGGCCUUGCGAAGGACGGCGAUGCGGAUGUCUUCUACAGGAGGAGGUGCACCGAGAUCAAGCACGGCCGCGUCGCCAUGUGGGCCGCCAUGGGGUACAUCGCGCCGGAGUUCUUCCGGUGGCCGGGAGGUGUCGCCCUCGAGGGGCCUGCCUUUGCGAGCCUCCCGAAUGGCCUGAGCGCUCUGGGCAAGGUGUCUGGUGCCGGCUGGGGUCAGAUGUUCUUGUUCUGCGGCUUCCUCGAGCUUUACGCGGCCAAGCAGGACCCCACGGACCCGCCGGGCAAGCUCAGCGGAUCCGAGGCGGGCUUCGGGAAGUCGUAUUUCGGGGCCCUCGGCGUGUUCAAGGGGGACGGCAUCGAGGACCCUGAGAAGAAGAAGCGGUCCCUGAACGCGGAGCUGGCCAACGGCCGCCUGGCCAUGAUGGCCAUCAUCGGGAUGUUCUUCCAGGACGGCCUCACGGGCUCCGCCUGGGGCGACUGGGCGACCUACACGGAUUCGCCGCUGCGCGCCUUCGAGAGCGAGUUGGGCGUGCAGGCGCCCGUCGGCUACUGGGACCCGCUCGGCCUUGCGAAGGACGGCGAUGCGGAUGUCUUCUACAGGAGGAGGUGCACCGAGAUCAAGCACGGCCGCGUCGCCAUGUGGGCCGCCAUGGGGUACAUCGCGCCGGAGUUCUUCCGGUGGCCGGGAGGUGUCGCCCUCGAGGGGCCUGCCUUUGCGAGCCUCCCGAAUGGCCUGAGCGCUCUGGGCAAGGUGUCUGGUGCCGGCUGGGGUCAGAUGUUCUUGUUCUGCGGCUUCCUCGAGCUUUACGCGGCCAAGCAGGACCCCACGGACCCUCCGGGCAAGCUCAGCGGAUCCGAGGCGGGCUUCGGGAAGUCGUAUUUCGGGGCCCUCGGCGUGUUCAAGGGGGACGGCAUCGAGGACCCUGAGAAGAAGAAGCGGUCCCUGAACGCGGAGCUGGCCAACGGCCGCCUGGCCAUGAUGGCCAUCAUCGGGAUGUUCUUCCAGGACGGCCUCACGGGCUCCGCCUGGGGCGACUGGGCGACCUACACGGAUUCGCCGCUGCGCGCCUUCGAGAGCGAGUUGGGCGUGCAGGCGCCCGUCGGCUACUGGGACCCUCUCGGCCUUGCGAAGGACGGCGAUGCGGAUGUCUUCUACAGGAGGAGGUGCACCGAGAUCAAGCACGGCCGCGUCGCCAUGUGGGCCGCCAUGGGGUACAUCGCGCCGGAGUUCUUCCGGUGGCCGGGAGGUGUCGCCCUCGAGGGGCCUGCCUUUGCGAGCCUCCCGAAUGGCCUGAGCGCUCUGGGCAAGGUGUCUGGUGCCGGCUGGGGUCAGAUGUUCUUGUUCUGCGGCUUCCUCGAGCUUUACGCGGCCAAGCAGGACCCCACGGACCCGCCGGGCAAGCUCAGCGGAUCCGAGGCGGGCUUCGGAAAGUCGUACUUCGGGGCCCUCGGCGUGUUCAAGGGGGACGGCAUCGAGGACCCUGAGAAGAAGAAGCGGUCCCUGAACGCGGAGCUGGCCAACGGCCGCCUGGCCAUGAUGGCCAUCAUCGGGAUGUUCUUCCAGGACGGCCUCACGGGCUCCGCCUGGGGCGACUGGGCGACCUACACGGAUUCGCCGCUGCGCGCCUUCGAGAGUGAGUUGGGCGUGCAGGCGCCCGUCGGCUACUGGGACCCUCUCGGCCUUGCGAAGGACGGCGAUGCGGAUGUCUUCUACAGGAGGAGGUGCACCGAGAUCAAGCACGGCCGCGUCGCCAUGUGGGCCGCCAUGGGGUACAUCGCGCCAGAGUUCUUCCGGUGGCCGGGAGGUGUCGCCCUCGAGGGGCCUGCCUUUGCGAGCCUUCCGAAUGGCCUGAGCGCUCUGGGCAAGGUGUCUGGUGCUGGCUGGGGUCAGAUGUUCCUGUUCUGCGGCUUCCUCGAGCUUUACGCGGCCAAGCAGGACCCCACGGACCCGCCGGGCAAGCUCAGCGGAUCCGAGGCGGGCUUCGGAAAGUCGUACUUCGGGGCCCUCGGCGUGUUCAAGGGGGACGGCAUCGAGGACCCUGAGAAGAAGAAGCGGUCCCUGAACGCGGAGCUGGCCAACGGCCGCCUGGCCAUGAUGGCCAUCAUCGGGAUGUUCUUCCAGGACGGCCUCACGGGCUCCGCCUGGGGCGACUGGGCGACCUACACGGAUUCGCCGCUGCGCGCCUUCGAGAGCGAGUUGGGCGUGCAGGCGCCCGUCGGCUACUGGGACCCGCUCGGCCUUGCGAAGGAUGGCGAUGCGGAUGUCUUCUACAGGAGGAGGUGCACCGAGAUCAAGCACGGCCGCGUCGCCAUGUGGGCCGCCAUGGGGUACAUCGCGCCGGAGUUCUUCCGGUGGCCGGGAAGUGUCGCCCUCGAGGGGCCUGCCUUUGCGAGCCUUCCGAAUGGCCUGAGCGCUCUGGGCAAGGUGUCUGGUGCCGGCUGGGGUCAAAUGUUUCUGUUCUGCGGCUUCCUCGAGCUUUACGCGGCCAAGCAGGACCCCACGGACCCGCCGGGCAAGCUCAGCGGAUCCGAGGCGGGCUUCGGAAAAUCGUACUUCGGGGCCCUCGGCGUGUUCAAGGGGGACGGCAUCGAGGACCCUGAGAAGAAGAAACGGUCCCUGAACGCGGAGCUGGCCAACGGCCGCCUGGCCAUGAUGGCCAUCAUCGGGAUGUUCUUCCAGGAUGGCCUUACGGGCUCCGCCUGGGGCGACUGGGCGACCUACUCGGAUUCGCCGCUGCGCGCUGAGGGCAAGCUUGGCAGAUAG